AUGGAGAGACAGACAAAAGAGGAGAUGAGGACAGAAGCGAGUGAGGAGGAAGAUGUCGGUGGAAACAUAAUUGAAGAAAAGAACAAGACAGACAAAAGUACAGUGGCUUGCGAAAGUAUUCACCCCCCUUGGCAUUUUUCCUAUUUUGUUGCCUUACAACCUGGAAUUAAAAUUGAUUUUUUGGGGGUUUGUAUCAUUUGAUUUACACAACAUACCUACCACUUUGAAGAUGCAAAAUAUGUUUUAUUGUGAAACAAACAAGAAAUAAGACUAAAAAAAAUAAAAAAUUGAGCAUGCAUAACUGUUCACCCCCACAAAGUCAAUACUUUGUAGAGACACCUUUUGCAGCAAUUACAGCUGCAAGUGUCUUGGGGUAUGUCUCUAUAAGAUUGGCACAUCUAGCCACUGGGAUUUUUGCCCAUUCUUCAAGGCAAAACUGCUCCAGCUCCUUCAAGUUGGAUGGGUUCCGCUGGUGUACAGCAAUCUUUAAGUCAUACCACAGAUUCUCAAUUGGAUUGAGGUCUGUGCUUUGACUAGGCCAUUCCAAGACAUUUAAAUGUUCCCCCUCGAGUGUUGCUUUAGCAGUAUGCUUAGGGUCAUUGUCCUGCUGGAAGGUGAACCUCCGUCCCACUCGCAAAUCUCUGGAAGACUGAAACAGGUUUCCCUCAAGAAUCUACCUGUAUUUAGCGCCAUCCAUCAUUCCUUCAAUUCUGACCAGUUUCCCAGUCCCUGACGAUGAAAAACAUUUACCCCGAGAUGGUGUUCUCGGGGUGAUGAGAGGUGUUGGGUUUGCGCCAGACAUAGCGUUUUCCUUGAUGGCCAAAAAGCUCAAUUUUUUUGUCUCAUCUGACCAGAGUAUCUUCUUCCAUAUGUUUGGGGAGUCUCCCACAUGCCUUUUGGUGAACACCAAACAUGUUUGCUUAUUUUUCUCUUUAAGCAAUGGCUUUUUUCUGGCCACUCUUCCAUAAAGCCCUGCUCUGUGGAGUGUAUGGCUUAAAGUGGUCCUAUGGACAGAUACUCCAACCUCCGCUGUGGAGCUUUGCAGCUCCUUCAUGGUUAUCUUUGGUCUCUUUGUUGCCUCUCUGAUUAAUGCCGUCCUUGCCUGGUCCGUGAGUUUUGGUGGGCGGCCCUCUCUUGGCAGGUUUGUUGUGGUGCCAUAUUCUUUCUAUUUUUUUAUAAUGGAUUUAAUGGUGCUCCGUGGGAUGUUCAAAGUUUCAGAUUUUUUUUUAUAACCCAACCCUGAUCUUGUACUUCUCCACAACUUUGUCCCUGACCUGUUUGGAGAGCUCCUUGGUCUUCAUGGUGCCGCUUGCUUGGUGGUGCCUCUUGCGUAGUGGUGUUGCAGACUCUGGGGCCUUUCAGAACUGGUGUAUAUAUACUGAGCUCAUGUGACAGAUCAUGUGACACUUAGAUUGCACACAGGUGGACUUUAUUUAACUAAUUAUGUGACUUCUGAAGGUAAUUGGUUGCACCAGAUCUUAUUUAGGGGCUUCAUAGCAAAGGGGAUGAAUACAUAUGCACACACCACUUUUCAGGUAUUUAUUUUUGAGAAAUUUUUGAAACAAGUUAUUUUUUUCAUUUCACUUCACCAAUUUGGACUAUUUUGUGUAUGUCCAUUACAUGAAAUCCAAAUUUAAAAUACAUUUAAAUUACAGCUUGUAAUGUAACUGUCACGAUCGUCAGGGAGAGACCAAUGCGCAGCGUGAUGAACGAACAUGAUACUUUAUUUAAUUAAAGUGCACACACGAAACAACAAAACAAUAAACGACUCGUGAAGUCCACGGUAACAAUGACCGACACGGAACAAGAACCCACAAACACAAAAGGAAAACAGACAGUAUAAAUAUGGCUCCCAAUCAGAGACAACCAGCCAACAGCUGACACUCGUUGCCUCUGAUUGGGAGUCACUCAGGCCAACAUAGAAAUACACAACCUAGAACCCCCAACAUAGAAAUAGAACACAUAGAAUGAACACACCCUGGCUCAACAUAUAGAGUCCCAGAGCCAGGGUGUGACAGUAACAAAAUAGGAAAAACGCCAAGGGGGGUGAAUACUUUUCCAAGGCACUGUAUCAGGAGGUGAAUCUUCAACUGGGGAAAUACUAAGGUCAAAGAAAGAUACCGACGAAAAACGGAGAGGACCUUUCAGAGGGAAAGGGAGGAAGGUGAUAAUAUAAGUGCAUUCGGAAAGUAUUCAGACCCCUUGACUUUUUCCACAUUUUGUUACAUUACAGCCUUAUUCUAAAAUUUAUUAAAUUGAUUUUUGUUCUCAUCAGUCUACACACAAUACCCCAUAAUGACAAAGCAGAAACAGGAUUUAAUAUAUUUUUGCACAUGUAUUAAAAAUAAGAAACUGAAAUAUCACAUUUACACAAAUAUUCAGACCCUUUACUCAGUAGUUUGUUGAAGCACCCUUGACAGUGAUUACAGCCUCGAGUCUUCUUGCGUAUGACGCUACAAGCUUGGCACACCUGUAUUUGCCGAGUUUCUCCCAUUCUUCUCCACAGAUCCUCUCAAGCUCUGUCAGGUUGGAUGGGGAACAUCGCUGCACAGUUAUUUUCAGGUCUCUCCAGAGAUGUUCGAUCGGGUUCAAGUCCAGGCUCUGGCUGGGCCUACUCAAGGACAUUCAGAGACUUGUCAGGAAGCCACUCCUGCGUUCUCUUGGCUGUGUGCUUAGGGUCGUUGUCCUGUUGGAAGAUUAACCUUCGCCCCAGUCUGAGGUCCUGAGCACUCUGGAGCAGGUUUUCAUCAAGGAUCUCUCUGUACUUUGCUCCGUUCAUGUUUGCCUCGAUCCUGACUAGUCUUUCAGUCCCAGCAGCUGAAAAACAUCCCCACAGCAUGAUGCUGCCACCACCAUGCUUUACCGUAGGGAUGGUGCCAGGAUUCCUCCAGACAUGACGCUUGGCAUUCAGGCCAAAGAGUUCAAUCUUGGUUUCAUCAGACCAGAGAAUCUUGUUUCUCGUGGUUUGAGAGUCCUUUAGGUGCCUUUUGGAUUACAAAAGUGCUGAACAAAUACUGAUAUUGACUACGUCCGAUUUAGCUCGCUCAUUAAUGUCUUAAUCGAAAUUCAGGAAAGCCUCUUAUCCGCUCAUCGUUCCCUUAAACCAUAGUUUGUACAUUUCAAUUGUCAGUAGAAACCACAUUUGUUUAAGCAAGUCAGCCAUAUCAGCUAUGUUUUUUAAAAAGGCAGUAAAUGAGGCUAAAUGAACUGUUUCACUGCCAGUCAAGGCGCCGCUGAUAGUCAGGUGUAGUGGUGGUAAGGAUUCACUCCAUGGUGCUGAAAAGAAAGCUCUGCUUACGGGACAGCUUUAUGUAGGUUCUAACAGUUUGUGGGCACCGUUUGUCACCGUUAUAGUGCAAUUCAUGUAUUGUUUAGUGUUGUGUUGUGUAGUGGCAUUGCUGGCAUGCAUCUAAAACAUAUUUUUUUUAGUUUGCCACACCAAGGUUUACAUGCUAAAAUCUACACUGCCACCAAGUGGGUUAGCCCUCUUGGUGCGAUGCAUAGGGUGCUUGCCUUGAGACCAGGGGUUCGCUUCCCUACCCCGCCGUUCGCUACAAUACCAUUGAUAGCCUACAGUACUUUCUUUCCAUCAGGUACCUUGGUAGGUGGUCUUGGAUCCUUUUGUUUCAAAGUAUAUUUGUUUAAUACCAAGAAACACUCAGUGUGACCCUGAUUUAGCCCACUGCAUGUGAAAACACAAAAUCCUACUCAUCAUUCUACGUGCUCAAUCAUAUAAUCCUUAAUGUAUACUAGGCUACGUCACUUUUGUUUUGAGACUAUUUCACCGUGUGUUUUUAACGGGGCAACUGGUUCACGCCAGAGAAGCAGACCGGUUCCAAAACUAAUGCAAUCACCUUUCACCCGGCGCAAACUGCUCCCGUCGGGGUAAUCCGGGCUAGAUUGGCAGCAGCAGGGAUUGGCUAGUGAUGUAAAUGGGUGGUGGGACCGCCAGGAGUUAGGAGGAUAUAUAUAUAUUUUUCAAAUGGUUCAUACUGGACAAGAAAGAGCGCAAAAGCGAGUCCAGAAAGUUCUGAACUAUCUAGCUAAGUAGUUCAAUUGCCAACUCGUACAUGUCUUGGGGUUUAGCUAUAUUUGGUUGGACUUUGUGUGGCAUGUCUGGAGCUCCGAUUGAUUCUGACUGUUAGCAACAUUUGCGAGCUUUUCUGCUUAGCCCUAGUUUUACUAGUCGCUAUUUAUGUACAGUCGUGGUCAAAAGUUUUGAGAAUAACACAAGUAUUGGUCUUCACAAAGUUCGCUGCUUCAGUGUUUUUAGAUAUUUUUGUCAGAUGUUACUAUGGUAUACUGAAGUAUAAUUACAAGCAUUCCAUAAGUGUCAAAGGCUUUUAUUGACAAUUACAUUACGUUUAUGCAAAGAGUCAAGAUUUGCAGUGUUGUCCCUUCUUUUUCAAGACCUCUGCAAUCCGCCCUGGCAUACUGUCAAUUAACUUCUGGGCCACAUCCUGACUGAUGGCAGCCCAUUCUUGCAUAAUCAAUGCUUGGAGUUUGUGGGUUUUUGUUUGUCCACCCGCCUCUUGAGGAUUGACCACAAAUUCUCAAUGGGAUUAAGGUCUGGGGAGUUUCCUGGCCAUGGACCCAAAAUAUCGAUGUUUUGUUCCCCGAGCCACUUAGUUAUCACUUUAGCUGAAUCAACUUUAGGAGACGGUCCUGGCGCUUGCUGGACUUUCUUGGGCACCCUGAAGCCUUCUUCACAAUAAUUGAACCUCUCUCCUUGAAGUUCUUGAUGAUCCGAUAAAUGGUUGAUUUAGGUGCAAUCUUACUAGCAGCAAUAUCCUUGUCUGUGAAGCCCUUUUUGUGCAAAGCAAUGAUGACGGCACGUGUUUCCUUGCAGGUAACCAUGGAUAACAGAGGAAGAACAAUGAUUUCAAGCACCACCCUCCUUUUAAAGCUUCCAGUCAACACUCUCACCUGUGUUAACGAGAGAAUCACUGACAUGAUGUCAGCUGGUCCUUUUGUGGCAGGGCUGAAAUGCAGUGGAAAUGUUUUUUGGGGAUUAAGUUAAUUUUCAUGGCAAAGAGGAACUUUGCAUUUAAUUGCAAUUCAACUGAUCACUCUUCAUAACAUUCUGGAGUAUAUGCAAAUUGCCAUCAUAAAAACUGAGGCAGCAGACUUUGUGAAAAUUUAUAUUUGUGUCAUUCUCAAAGCCUUUGACCAUGACUGUACUAGCUAAUUUUCCCCCAACAUCGGACACCCCCUAACUUCGGACACUUUCUAGCAGUUGGAAGACUAAAUCACCUUGAGCUCAACAUUUAAAUGGACUGGAAAAUAACGGUACGUUUUACGACUAAAGACACCCUUCUAGCGAGCUGACCACCGAUUUUCAGUGCAAUUUAUGUAAGUUAAAUUAGGUUUUGAGAGUUUUCAAAAAAGUUAUAUAUGUACACAUUUUGUGGGACACGCUGCAUAUUGUAAGAUUCAACUGCGCGACAUUUAAUAUCCAACUUUUUACCUCUGAAAUAUAGCUAACGGAUUUUCUAAUGUUGCUAGCUUAGUUGCUAAAUGUUGAUAGAACUGCUAAGACAGCAAAAAGGAAAUUGUAAGCGUUAGAUAAUACAUAUCACGAAAACAGCUGAAUGUUGUCAAGCUUUACCGUAUCAAAAUUGGAGUCCUCUAACGGAGGCAUUUUGCACAAUCUGCAAAAAUGUAUUUGGAACAUUGAACCAUGAACUUUUUGACACCUAUCACUGUUGGCUAUGUUUCAUCUUACAACAGCUACAUAGAGGCAGUAUUUAGUCAAAUGUUACAAUGUAUGCAUCAAUAUUAAACUAAUUGGGACACUAAUUUUCAUUACAGAUAACAUCAAACAAAAAACAUGAAAACUUUCAUCAACUUUCAAUGCCUUAGCUUUGAAAUGUAAAUGUUUAUACAUAUUCAGAUUGAGUUAUCUUUCUAAACUGUGUAUAGUAUUCCAAGUUAUUUAAGUUAUUUAGCUACAUGUAUUUACCACCACAGCAUGGAGAAUGUCAAGAGGAAGCAGUGGAGUGAGGUGGACAUGUUCCAUGCCAUGGAGGACUGCGGGGCAGGGAUGGCUAUCCGCCAGGCUGCCAAGGUUAUAAUAAUAAUAAUAAUAAUAAUAUAAUAUAAUAUAAUAAUAAUAAUAAUUAUUAUAGUAAAGCUUCCUUAGACACCAAGAACAAACAAAAAGAGGAAGGAAGUCCCACUUUGGUCUCACUCUCCCUGACUUCUUGAUCAGACUUGAAGUGAUCAUGUUUGUUGUUGGAAUGUUCCAUGGUUCUCAGUGUAUGUCUGACACCAUAAUAACAAUAUAAUUGAAUAGAACACUGUAAUUUAAUGGAUCUUCAUGGUAAUAACCCUGUUGUUUUGUUGUCCAGUUGACUGUUGUGCUGACCGGGGCUGUGGUGGUAGUGUCUUUCAUUGGCAUCGUGGUGCUCUUCCUCUAUCGAAGAUACAAGCUAGCCAGUGAGUCAUCCAUCCUCUUCCUCCCUACUUCAUGGGACAAGCAUGUGGAGCAAGAAAAACAGUUGAUAUUGAACUUGACAUUAUACAUACUGAAAACAUCUUGGGGCAAUGAGCUAAAUUUGACCACACCAGCAUUGGCGAAAAAUAUCUGUUGGUCCUGAACAGAGAGAACCCUUGUUCACAGGACAUUCAUUCCAUCUGUGCUGUAUACUAUGUAGGCCUAGUUGCAUUUUGCACUCUGUUUACCAGCCACUAUUGCUCGCAUAAGCAGUGUUAUCUAUGUUGAUAGCAUGUUGUGUCUGUGUUGGAAGGUGGACAGCAGGCUGUUCCCCGCUAUCACUUCAGGAAGAGAGACAAGGCGCUCUUCUACGUCAGGAAGAUUUUGAGGAAGGUUAGUCAUUCUUAAAAUAUGUUCCAUAUGGCACCCUAGUCCCUUUAUAGUGCCACUACUUUUGACCUGGUCCCAUAAGGCUCUGGUCAAAAGUAGUGCACCAAUGAAUAGGGUGCCAUUUGGGAUACACAUCUGUUCACUCUCUCCUACUUACCAACCUAUUGACAGAAAGGUAUGCAUACUGUAGCAACGUUAACCCAAGACCUAGCGAGCUCGUCAAGAGGGUCAGAUCUCCUGGCAUAAGGUGUUGGGUUGACAGUCGCUGGACCUGGGAUCGGGUCCCAGUCGGGGCUUCCUCCUGAAUUCGCUACAAUAAUACCUUUUACUGGGGAAAUGGAAGAGACUCUUCACCAAAUCACUCAUCUCCAUACCAUGCAUUAUUUAUCAGGGUCCGUAUUCAUAAAGCGCCUCAGAGGAGGAGUGCUGAUCUAGGAUUAGUUUAGCUUUUUAAAUUCGAAUGAAUAUGAUUAUAUGGACAGCGGGCACCUGAUCCUAAAUCAGCAAUUAUUCAUUUUCUGAGACACUUUAUGAAUAGAGGACCAGGAGUUUAGCAUGCCAAUCCUUAUUGCCAUUUAUUUCAAUUGAAAUGAAUUUCUGACGCCUUUAUAAUUUCAGAAUAUUACGUAUCAAUUCUUGGAAUUGAGUGAAUCUCCUGUGAUUUGUCUUCUGAUGAUAAGAAAUGUUAGUUACAUGUUUCCCCACUGGAGGGCAGAGCAAAGUAGCAUUUUGUGCCUUUAGUAACUCAUCCCUUCAUCCCCUUCCUUCCAUGGAUUCCAUCUCUCUGUCACUCGCCGGUCCAGACCCUGUCCUCCCCUCCGUCCUCUACCUCAGUGUCCAAGCAGUGCCCUCGGAAGAGACCAAAAGUCCUGAGUAUAGCUCGCAGGUAGGCUACCAUCUCUAGAGGCUGUCACACCACUACUCAAAAGAGAGGAAAUUAAAUUUAAGAAAGGGCACACUAGUCUAUGCCACCUAAUGUGUGUGGGUGUUCUAGGAUCCUGCGUAUCCGUAAGGAGCCCCCCACCCUUCAGCCCAAGGAGCCCCCUCCAUCCCUAUUGGAGGGCGACCUGACUGAGUUUGACGUGCAGAACACCAACCGACGCGCCGAGGUCCUCUACAUGCUCAAGAACAUCAGGUAGCACAAACAAACACACAAACAUCCAUGCACACACACACUCACAUUCUCUAUACUAUACUGUGAUAUGUCCUUUUUUAUUUUUUUGUGGUAUUUGUACCCCAUUUUUCUCCCCAAUUUCGUGGUAUCCAAUUGGUAGUUACAGUCUUGUCCCAUCGCUGCAAUUCCUGUACGGACACGGGAGAAGCGAAGGUCGAGAGUCGUGCGUCCUCCGAAACACAACCCAGCCGAGCCGCACUGCUUCUUGACACACUGCUCGCUUAACCCAGAAGCUAGCCGCACAAAUGUGUCGGAGGAAACACCGUACACCUGGCGACCAAGUCAGCGUGCACUGCGCCCGGCCCGCCACUGGAGUCGCUAGUGCGCGAUGGGACAAGAACAUCCCUGCCGGCCAAACCCUCCCCUAGCCUGAACGACGCUGGGCCAAUUGUGCGCCGCCCCAUGGGGCGGCCGGCUGCGACAGAGCCUGGACUCGAACCAGGAUCUCUAGUGGCACAGCUAGCACUGCGUGAUAUCUCCUUCUUAGUGUGCGCACACACACACAUACACUCUCACACACCAGUAGCAGUGUGUGUGUUCUCUGUGUCACUCCGUGUUUUGUCUCCCUCUGCUCUCAGGGUGCUAGGCCACUUUGAAAAGCCUCUGUUCCUGGAGCUGUGUCGUCACAUGGUCUUUGUGGAGCUGCAGGAGGGGGAGGGGCUGUUCGUCUGGAACACUGCAUCCACGAGACCGUAAGACCAGGCUAGAAUACCUGCUGGGAAUACACCAUGAAACACACUGUACAUAUGCUUAGAGCUAGCCCUAACCCUAACACCAGCAUCCACUUACAUUUUUGCUUAGUCAAUAUCAUAGAUGUGUUUUUAUGAGUCAUUCCGUGCACCUAGGGGAAUUUAGCUUUCUGUGUGUGGUAUAGGACGGUACAGAGCCGGUUGUGAAGGACAUGCUCCCGGGGGACGGUGUUCAUAGCCUACUCAGUAUUAUGGACAUCAUCACUGUGAGUUUAUGGCUAUUCCCUUUAUAGUGCACUACCUUUGACCAUAGGGCUAUUGUCAAAAGUAGUGCACUAUAUAGGGAAUUAGCUGUCAUUUUAGACAAGACUAUAUCUCCCCUCCAUCUGACGCACCUUACACCAGCCUCUGUUCUCCUCUGGCUUCUCUUCUACCCACCUCUCCCCCCAUCCAUCUCUCCCUCCUCCCUGUCCUGUCCUCGAUCCAGCCAGCUCUGCUCAUCCCUCCCUCCCUCUGUUCUUCACUGCUAUACCUCUGUUCAUCUUUGCCCCCUCUCUAUUCCUCUCCCGCUUAUUUUUCAAUCUGUCUAUUCCUCCCUCUAUCCUCCUCUUAUUAUUUCAGUGUUCCAUCCACAUUAAUCUAUUUCCAUCUUCCUUUACCAGACUAGGUCACUCUGGUUAACCCUCCUCCUCUCUCUCUCUCCCCCUCCUUGUGUGAUUGGUUGGUUCCUGUGUUCCUCAGGGUUACCCCGCCCCCUAUAAGACGUUGUCAGUGCGGGCUGUGUCUCGCUCAUCUAUCCUGCGUCUGCCCGCCUCAGCCUCCAGUCGGUGUUUGAGAAGUACCCUGAGACUCUAAUGCGCGUCAUUCAGGUCCAACCCCAACCCUCAGCCUGCUCCCAAACACAUUUCAAACAAACAGGACUCUUUGGAUGUGACCCCCUAAUGGCAACGAUUGCGUCCCAAAAUGCACCCUAUUCCCUAUGGGCCCUAGUCGAAAGUGGUGCACUAUGUAGGAAAUAGGGUGCCAUUUGGGACAAAACCAAGGAUGGAAACUGCCUAACCUGAGUUGAAAGCACACCCUGAUUGUUCUGAAGAAUAAUUUCUCCAUUGAUGUUAUUGUGGCUGUAUUACAGCCAUUGUUGUAGAGUGGUGUUUAAUCCACCUUGGUGUUUGAUCCACCUUGGUUUUUGAUCCACCUUGGUGUGUGUCCCAGAUAAUCAUGGUGCGACUCCAGAGAGUGACCUUCCUGGCAUUACAUAACCACCUGGGCCUGACCACAGAGCUCUUCAACCCGGUAAUACACACACUUACACAGUAGAGUACACACUCCAGCGAUAUCGCGCACGCGCACACACAAACAAACAAACAAACACACACACACACACACACACACACACACAACCUAAAUUCACACACCAUUAAGCCCAGCAUCAUAGCUUUAUCCUCCAUACAGUCUUAAAGCUCAGUGAAAAUGAAUAAUAUGGAUCACAAGCCUCUAUAGGACAGUAACUUUUAAACCCACUUGCCUCUAAUCUUCCAUCAGUGUUAAAGCUUUAUUGUUCUCCAUCACUGAGCGAGACUGGAAGUCUUCACUCAGACCCUCCCUGACCCAAUCUUCUUUAACAGCCACUUUAUUCUACAAUUGAAUUCUGUCAUUCUGAUUUAACUUUCUCUAGUACUAGUUUCGUUCAUCCACCUCAUAUUGUAUUCUCUAAUGUUGUUUAAUGCAUGAUUAGGUUGAUAUGAUGUAAAAUAGUGCAACAUCUUUGCAUCUUUGAUUGACAGGAGUGUCACGCGGUCCCCUUUUGACAGUUGCUGGGGUGAUAGGAGAGGGAAGUCCGGUCAGGAUGCCACGCAGACCCCACUUUCAGGAGGAUCCUGUCUCCGUCCCCACACCUGCACCUACAGAAAUCUGCUCCGACACAGACGCUGGGAAAGACAGUCCCUCCAACGCCUUUAGGAAGACUCACUAUCUUUAUGCCCACUGAUGGUACAGGUAGUUUUGUCCACUGCUGAGUACUACAACUUCAUUCACUUGUGGCUUCACAUGCACACUAUGCCCAUCAAUACCUCUCUCUGCUCAGCAGGGGUGACAGGGAACAACCUGAACAUGGCAUACGAGCGAGCCAGAGUCACCAUAGACGAACGCCCCUCCAGCCCUGUCAUUUAUAAGGUGAGCGUCCGUUCUUCCUCCCUUCCCUCUCCUUUACACCUCUCUGUGUGUCCCAAAUGGCACCCUAUUCCCUACAUGUUGUAUAGGGAAUAGGGUGCCAUUUGGGCCACAGCCACUGACACACCCACCUUUGCUUCUGGACCUGUGUCUGCCUCACUCAUGUCUGAAUCCCCCCCCCCCCCCCCUUCCCUAUCUGUCCUCCCACCUCUCCUCCAGUCCAGCCUGAAGAAGAGUGUGACCAUGCAGCACACGCCCUCGGCGGUGUUCCACUACACAGACAGCGAGGGAUGCCUUGACAACGUCCACCCCAGCAAGGUCAGCGCCAUCUGCGCCAGUUUCGGACAGGGAGUACCAUAUAGACGUAUAAUAUAUAGUAAUAUGUACGUAGAAUAUAUGGUUAAAUAUGGUAAUAUAAUUCAUGUUGCACGGUAUACCACGACCACGGUAAUAUCACAGUAGCAAAACGUCAUGAUACCAACAUUUUAGAACACCGUAGUCCUGUUUCAUAUGAUACUACCUAAUUAUUCAGCCCUACUGAUCUAAAGAAUCUUCUGGCGCCUGUUAUAAAAUGUUUAUAAAGUCAGUUUUGUAAAAUAAAUAAUGUUGAAUUUAAGCAACAGCCACUAGUCUUUUGUAUACGCAGGUCCAAUAAUAUAAAUGUUGCUUUCAUGCGCAUUUCACGUGUGGCGGUGUAAUCAGCCAGCCGCAUCCCCUACCAGCCCUCACUCACCUGGUUCUCUCCGCAUCCCCUACCAGCCCUCCCUCACCUGGUUCUCACCGCAUCCCCUACCAGCCCUCACUCACCUGGUUCUCUCCACAUCUCCUACCAGCCCCCACUCACCUGGUUCUCUCCGCAUCCCCUACCAGCCCUCACUCACCUGGUUCUCUCCGCAUCCCCUACCAGCCCUCACUCACCUGGUUCUCUCCGCAUCCCCUACCAACCCUCCUUCACCUGGUUCUCACCGCAUCCCCUACCAGCCCUCACUCACCUGGUUCUCUCCGCAUCCCCUACCAGCCCUCCCUCACCUGGUUCUCACCGCAUCCCUUACCAGCCCUCACUCACCUGGUUCUCUCCGCAUCCCCUACCAGCCCUCACUCAUCUGGUUCUCUCCGCAUCCCCUACCAGCCCUCCCUCACCUGGUUCUCACCGCAUCCCCUACCAGCCCUCACUCACCUGGUUCUCUCCGCAUCCCCUACCAGCCCUCACUCACCUGGUUCUCUCUGCAUCCCCUACCAGCACUCUCUCACCUGGUUCUCUCCAUCCGCUCUUCAUGCGCAUCUAUUCCUCCAUCAGUUUAAAAUAUAAUUUUGCUGUGAUGGUGAGCGGGGAUGCAGACCCUGAUGAGUCUUCUGUUGUUAGAUUUCUACAUUUGUUACAUUGGAGCAGCACUAGCGAAGUUGAUACAUUGUAUCAUUUCAUCGCCUGUUAUAACCAAGAGCACAGACCAGCCUAUGUAGACUUUGCCAGUUCACUGUCAUGCAGCCUCUGAGGGCCAGAGAGGGAAAAUGGAGGCAUGCUUGCAGCUUUCCAGCAAAGAAAACAGCUUGUUUCUAGCCUAAACGGUUAAAAACAUAUGACCCAUAUUACCGGAGAUGCCUUUUUUUCAUUCUAUAGGGAUUCACGCACAUUUUAUAUAAUUCACAAAGAAUGUUGCAGGCCGUUUUAAACUAAUCCCGGGUUGCUAAUUAAACGUUGUUCAGUCAUGUUACAUAGCUAGCUAACAACCUGGUAACUUGACAGUAAGUUCAGGCAAAUUUGAUUGGCACAGGAAGAAAGGAAAAGGGUCUGCUGCUCAUGAGAUGUGCUUCAAAUGCAGGAUUCAUAUAGGCCUAAAGUAAGUCUAAACUAUAUAAAAAAUAUAUUUAUUUCUGGUGCUCCUUAAAUUCUGUUUGAUGCUGUUAGGUUCUAAAUAACAAGGUAAAAACCGACCGACAACUAUAAAAGCUCAAACCGAGUUUAUUCACCCAAUGGGUCAGACAGCUGAACAGACUAAAAACAUGUUUCCACCAGCACAAGUGUAUAUAUAUAUAUACCCCAAUUUAGGUGAACUCCUCCUUCCCUCUAAACAUUACAUGCAGGUAAGUGAUGCAGGUAAUAAACUGUUCCUUCUCCCUUAAUGUGACCUGACCUCUUCCCCAUUCCUCACUAAUCCACAGCUCUCCACCCUUAUCAGUGACUGCAACCUUUCCUUUACUCAGUACAUUCCAAGCUUAAUUGCCGCUACCAUAUAUAUUCCUCCUACAGAUAACCAUUAACUUCUGGUGUAUAAACCAGACUAUGGCACUCCUCAUGUCUAUAGGAUACCUGAUGAUUAACAAUAUUUCAAGUUUAGAAGUCAGAACCCACCAAUGCCUAACAUUUGUAAAAGCUGGGAGCAGUGUAUGUGUGUUUGUGGGAGAGAGUGGUGUGUGUGUUUAUGAGAGAGAGGGAGACAGUGUGGGAGGAAGAGUGUACAGUGCAUUCGGAAAGUACUCAGACCCCUUGACUUUUUCCACAUUUUGUUACGUUACAGCCUUAUUCUAAAAUGGAUGAAAUAAAAAUUUUCCUCAUCAAUCUACACACAAUACAUCAUAAUGAACAGGUUUUUAGAAAUGUUAGCACAUUUAUUCAAAUAAAAAACAGAUACCUUAUUUACAUAAGUAUUCAGACCCUUUGCUAUGAGACUCGAAAUUGAGCUCCGGUGCAUCCUUUUUCCAUUGAUCACCCUUGAUGUUUCUACAACUUGAUUGGAGUCCACCUGUGGAAAAUUCAAUUGAUUGGACAUGAUUUGGAAAGGCACACACCUGUCUAUAUAAGGUCCCACAGUUGACAGUGCAUGUCAGAGCAAAAACCAAGCCAUUUGGUCGAAGGAAUUGUCUGUAGAGCUCUGAGACAGGAUUGUGUCGAGGCACAGAUCUGGGGAAGGACACCAAAAAAUGUCUGCAGCAUUGAAGGUCCCCAAGAACACAGUGGCCUCAGUCAUUCUUAAAUGUAAGAAGUUUGGAACCACCAAUACUCUUCCUAGAGCUGAGCAAUCGGGGGAGAAGGGCCUUGGUCAGGGAGGUGACCAAGAAUCCGAUGGUCACUCUGACAGAGCUCCAGAGUUCCUCUGUGGAGAUGGGAGAACCUUCCAGAAGGACAACCAACUCUGCAGCACUCCACCAAUCAGGACUUUAUGGUAGAGUGACCAGAUGGAAGCCAUUCCUCAGUAAAAGGCACAUGGCAGCCCGCUUGGAGUUUUCCAAAAGGCACCUAAAGGACUCUCAGACCAUGAGAAACAAGAUUCUCUGGUCUGAUGAAACCAAGAUUGACCUGAAUGCUAAGCGUCACGUCUGGAGGAAUCCUGACACCAUCCCUACGGUGAAGCAUGGUGGUGGCAGCAUCAUGCUGUGGGGAUGUUUUUCAGCAGCAGGGAAUGGGAGCCUAGUCACGAUCGAGGGAAAGAUGAACGGAGCAAAGCACAGAGACAUCCUUGAUGAAAACCUGCUCAGGACCUCAGACUAGGGUGAAGGUUCACCUUCCAACAGGACAAUGACCCUAAGCACACAGCCUUGUAGCGUCAUACCCAAGAAGACUCGAGGCUGUAAUCGCUGUCAAAGGUGUUUCAACAAAGUACUGAGUAAAGGGUCUGAAUACUUAUAUAUUUCAGUUUAUUAUUUUUUAUACAUUUGCCAACAUUAAAAAAUAACUGUUUUUGCUUUGUCAUUAUGGGGUAUUGUGUAUAAACUGAUGAGGGAAAAAAAAUAUUUAAUCAAUUUUAGAAUAAGGCUGUAAUGUAACAAAAUGUGGAAAAAGUCAAGGGGUCUGAAUGCUUUCCGAAUGCACUGUAUGUGUCUGUGUUAACUGAAGAGUAAAGAAGGUUUCAUGCAGUGUUUUCCACUUACUGCCACAAUGACAUGCAGAUAGAUCAUUUAUGUAUGUAUGUAUGUACAGUAUAUUCCUUCCAUCCAUUCCUCCAACAAAUCACAGGUAGGCCUUUGCAAAUAUGAGCAAAUCAGCCAUUAUAUGCAGUAUUCUAUUAUACACUGAACAGUGUGAAGUUAAAUUCAGUAGAAGUGUGAAUUUCAGUGACCAGUUGUUUUGCCUAGCACAUGCACAGAAUGUUUAGAAAACAGGAACAAGCAUCCGGGGGGCGGGGCGAACAGGACGCAGAUAUUUUUUCCCCGUUUUAGCGCGAUAGUACUCGGUAUUGUGAUACUUGACCUGGUAUCGUAUCGUUAGUAAAAUGUUGGUAUCGUGACUACACUAAAUAGAAUUACUAGAACAGACAUUCCCAUUCAAGUCAUUCCUCUGUGAUGGGUGGAUUGGCAGCCAUAUGUAAUUCUAUAGUGCUCUCCAUAGAAAUAGAAUGACUAGAAUGGACACAAGUCAUUCUUCUGUCCAUUGGUAGAUCGCCGGCCAAUUUUUGUGGAGAGUUCUACUGUGAGACUGUAUUGAGGACCUACAGUGAGGGAAAAAAGUAUUUGAUCCCCUGCUGAUUUUGUACGUUUGCCCACUGACAAAGACAUGAUCAGUCUAUAAUUUUAAUGGUAGGUUUAUUUGAACAGUGAGAGACAGAAUAACAACAAAAAAAUCCAGAAAAAAAUGUUAUAAAUUGAUUUGCAUUUUAAUGAGGGAAAUAAGUAUUUGACCCCUCUGCAAAACAUUACUUAGUACUUGGUGGCAAAACCCUUCUUGGCAAUCACAGAGGUCAGACGUUUCUUGUAGUUGGCCACCAGGUUUGCACACAUCUCAGGAGGGAUUUUGUCCCACUCCUCUUUGCAGAUCUUCUCCAUGUCAUUAAGGUUUCGAGGCUGACUUUUGACAACUCAAACCUUCAGCUCCCUCCACAGAUUUUCUAUGGGAUUAAGGUCUGGAGACUGGCUAGGCCACUCCAGGACCUUAAUGUGCUUCUUCUUGAGCCACUCCUUUGUUGCCUUGGCCGUGUGUUUUGGGUCAUUGUCAUGCUGGAAUACCCAUCCACAACCCAUUUUCAAUGGCCUGGCUGAGGGAAGGAGGUUCUCACCCAAGAUUUGACGGUACAUGGCCCCGUCCAUCGUCCCAUUGAUGCGGUGAAGUUGUCCUGUCCCCUUAGCAGAAAAACACCCCCAAAGAAUAAUGUUUCCACCUCCAUGUUUGAAGGUGGGGAUGGUGUUCUUGGGGUCAUAGGCAGCAUUCCUCCUCCUCCAAACACGGCGAGUUGAGUUGAUGCCAAAGAGCUCCAUUUUGGUCUCAUCUGACCACAACACUUUCACCCAGUUCUCCUCUGAAUCAUUCAGAUGUUCAUUGGCAAACUUCAGACGGCCCUGUAUAUAUGCUUUCUUGAGCAGGGGGACAUUGCGGGCGCUGCAGGAUUUCAGUCCUUCACGGCGUAGUGUGUUACCAAUUGUUUUCUUGGUGAUUAUGGUCCCAGCUGCCUUGAGAUCAUUGACAAGAUCCUCCCGUGUAGUUCUGUGCUGAUUCCUCACCGUUCUCAUGAUCAUUGCAACUCCACGAGGUGAGAUCUUGCAUGGAGCCCCAGGCCAAGGGAGAUUGACAGUUCUUUUGUGUUUCUUCCAUUUGCGAAUAAUCGCACCAACUGUUGUCACCUUCUCACCAAGCUGCUUGGGGAUGGUCUUGUAGCCCAUUCCAGCCUUGUGUAGGUCUACAAUCUUGUCCCUGACAUCCUUGGAGAGCUCUUUGGUCUUGGCCAUGGUGGAGAGUUUGGAAUCUGAUUGAUUGAUUGCUUCUGUGGACAGGUGUCUUUUAUACAGGUAACAAGCUGAGAUUAGGAGCACUCCCUUUAAGAGUGUGCUCCUAAUCUCAGCUCGUUACCUGUAUAAAAGACACCUGGGUGCCAGAAAUCUUUCUGAUUGAGAGGGGGUCAAAUACUUAUUUCCCUCAUUAAAAUGCAAAUCAAUUUAUAACAUUUUUGACAUGCGUUUUUCUGGAUUUUGUUGUUGUUAUUCUGUCUCUCACUGUUCAAAUAAACCUACCAUUAAAAUUAUAGACUGAUUUCUUUGUCAGUGGGCAAACUUACAAAAUCAGCAGGGGAUCAAAUACUUCUUUCCCUCACUGUAUGUCCUCAUUUUUGUCAAUGUCUGAAUCCCUACCUGUCUCUCACACCUACCUUUUCUCCUUCUGUACCAUAAUAUCUCUCUCUCUCUCUCUCUCUCUCUCUCUCUCUCUCUCUCUCUCUCUCUCUCUCUCUCAGGAUGCUGGUCUGUUGGAGGGCAGGGUGACUCUGCGCCAGGUCAAAGCAGGCUCUGUGGUGGCCGGACAGGGAGACCAGGUCAGACACACACACAACAUUUGCUGAUUCACCUUUGGUCAUACCCAUCCACACCUGGGUUCAAAUACUAUUUUGAAACCAUUUCAAAUAAUUUCUGUGCUUGAUUGACAUUGAGCGUUCAUAGCUUAAUGGACCAAUAGAAUAGUCCCUAAACUGUAAACCCCACCCAUCUUGCACUCCAGGCAGGCCAUAGCAAAUGCUUAAAGUACUGGAAAGAUUUAAAAUAGUAUUUGAUCCCAGGUCUGUACCCAUGUCUCAUAGCUGUCUUCUCUCCCUGUGAGUGAGUAUGUGUGUGUGUGUUGCAGGAAGUGAGUGUGGAGUUUGAUUUCGGGCCUGUUGCAUGUGUACCAGUGGAUAAUCGACCGCGAGGAGGACACAUGUCUGUUUUUGACCCACCCCGGGGAGCUGGUGGGCCAGCUGGCUGUGCUGACCAGAGAACCUCUCAUUUUCACUGUCCGAGCCCACCGAGACAGCAGCUUCCUCUCCAUCUCCAAGACACACUUCUACGAGUGGGGCACAGGAAAUACACAUUGUCAUACACAUGUAUUAGGGCAUGUCAGACACUCUAUAGUCACCUGUCGUUUGGUUUAAUGUAAAUUGUGUGUGCGUGUGUCUGUGUUCCCUCCUCAGAAUCAUGCUUGCAGAGCCCACGGUGGUACUGAACGUAGCUCACACGGCCAUUCGGAGGAUGUCGUCCUUCGUUAGGCAGAUAGACUUUGCUCUGGACUGGAUGGCUGUGGAGGCCGGCCAGGCAGUCUACAGGUAGGUAACCCCUCUCUCCACACUGUCUACACUCUCUCACACUCCUAUCAGUUCACUGAUCUAUUUCCAUCUCAUCUAGAGAUGUUACAUCUGCAAUGAAACCACAAGAGUGAUUAGCCUUAACCUCAAACAUGAUAAUGAAAGUCAAGACAUUACCACAAUCAAAAACAUCUAAGAUGGCUUAGCUGUGUGGUUGUGUAUUCUGUUGUGUCCUCGUGUAAAUAGCCAGUUUUUUUUUGUUGUUGUCUUUUUUCAUAUAUAUUUCUCUAUCUCACUUUCCAUUCUUUAACUAAAUAUACUUUCUUGCAACCCGCCUCACCCAAUGUGGAAUGGAUUCUAUUAUUUCUUUAUUUUUAUCAAGAACCUACGGCUGAAACUAGCCAGCUAGGCAGCUAACUUGCUAUUAGCCACCGUUAGCGGUCUUCACCACUGUCCGUGGCCUGCACUACCUUCCAGACAGCUCUAGCCUGGACAAUUAUCGGCCAGUCUGCACAGCGUGCUAUCGACCCAGAGCAUAUCGUAUUUUCUGCCGGAAUCACUGAAUCACUGGACCUUAACACCGGAUCAUCGCAACUAGCUAGCUGCAACCGAAUGGCUGUUGUUGGCUAAUCACCACUGUCCCGACGCACCAGUCAGCCUUGAGCUAGCCUCGAGCCAGGCCCAUCUCCCGGCUAUCUACCUCUCUGUCAACCGGACGGGACCUCCUAGUGUCGACACGGAGCCCCGCCGAUCCAUCACGACUGGUCUGCCGACGUAAUCGUCUGAUGUGGUUUCAACAGGCUUCCCGUUGCGAAGACCACGAAGAUCCAUCUGCUAGCCCCGGCCCGCUAGCACGCACAAUCAACAGCCGUGCCUCCUGCUCGCCUGUGCUGUAGCAGCCUACGAACUGCUCCCGGACUUACCUAUUGCUGUUCACAGGACCUUAUGAUCACUCAGCUUCACAGCUGAUGCCUGCUGGACUGUUACUUUACACGGUACCCCAUCCUGUUUAUCUGUUUAGCCUCAGCCCAAACUUUCGUCCCGUUACCAGUUGUUGUCUUAGCCCUCUCGAAUAACACCUGUGAUUGCGUUAUGCCUCUCUCCCAUGUCAAUAUGCCUAGCCUAUUGCUGUUUGGGUAGUUCUUAUUGUACUAUUUCACUGUAAAGCCCCCAGUCCCGCUCAACCUGCCUCAGAUAGCUCCUUUGUCCACCCCACAUACACGCGGAGACCGGCUCAAUCGGUACCUCCAGUGAUGCUAUCUCUUUCAUCGUUACCCAAUGCUUAGGGGUACCUCCACUGUACUCAUAUCCUUCCAUAUCCUUGUCUGUACAUAAUGCCCUGAAUCUAUUCUACAACACCCGGAAAUCUGCCCCUUUUAUUCUCUGUACACAACGCACUAGAAGACCAGUUCUUAAAGCCUUUAGCCGUAUCCUUAUUCUGUUCCUCUGGUGAUGUAGAGGUUAACCCAGGCCCUGUAGCCCCCAGUAUCACUCCAAAUCCCCAGGUGCUAUAAUUUGUUGACUUCUGUAACCGUAAAAGCCUUGGUUUCUUGCAUGUUAACAUCAGAAACCUUCUCCCCAAGUUUGAGUUAUUCACUGCGUUAGCACACUCUGCCAACCCUGAUGUUCUAGCAGUGUCUGAAUCCUGGCUUAGGAAGGCCACCAAAAAUGCUGAAAUUUCCAUCCCGAACUACAACAUUUUCCGUCUAGAUAGAACUGCCAAAGGGGGCGGAGUUGCAAUCUACUGUAGAGAUAGCCUGAAGAGCUCUAUCAUACUAUCCAGGUCUGUGCCCAAACAGUUUGAGCUUCUACUUCUAAAAAUCCACCUUUCCAGAAAUAAGUCUCUCACUGUUGCCGCCUGCUACAGACCCCCCUCAGCCCCCAGUUGUGCCCUGGGCACCAUAUGUGAAUUGCUUGCCCCCCAUCUAUCCUCAGAGUUCGUACUGCUUGGUGACCUAAACUGGGAUAUGCUUAACACCCCGGCCGUCCUACAAUCUAAACUAGAUGCCCACAAUCUCACACAAUUUAUUCAAGGAACCUACCAGGUACAACCCUAAAUCCGUAAACAUGGGCACCCUCAUAGAUAUCAUCCUGACUAAUUUACCCUCUAAAUACACCUCCGCUGUCUUCAACCAGGAUCUCAGCGAUCACUGCCUCAUUGCCUGUGUCCGUAAUGGGUCCGCGGUCAAACGACCACCCCUCAUCACUGUCAAACGCUCCCUAUAACACUUCAGCGAGCAGGCCUUUCUAAUUGACCUGGCCCGGGUAUCCUGGAUGGAUAUUGACCUCAUUCCGUCAGUAGAGGAUACCUUGAUGUUCUUCAAAAGUGCUUUCCUCUCCGUCUUAAAUAAGCAUGCCCCAUUCAAAAAAUGCAGAACUAAGAACAGAUAUAGCCUCUGGUUCACCCCAGACUUGACUGCCCUUGACCAGCACAAAAACAUCCUGUGGCGUACUGCAUUAGCAUCGAACAGCCCCCGCGAUAUGCAACUUUUCAGGGAAGUCAGGAACCAAUAUACACAAUCAGUUAGGAAAGCAAAGGCUAGCUUUUUCAAACAGAAAUGUGCAUCCUGUAGCACUAACUCCAAAAUGUUUUGGGACACUGUAAAGUCCAUGGAGAAUAAGAGCACCUCCUCCCAGCUACCCAAUGCACUGAGGCUAGGAAACACUGUCACCACCGAUAAAUCUACGAUAAUCGAGAAUUUCAAUAAGAAUUUUGCUACGGCUGGCCAUGCUUUCCACCUGGCUUCUCCUACCCCGGCCACCAGCUCUGCACCCUCCACUGCAACUUGCCCAUGCCCCCCCCCCCCCCCCGCAUCUCCUUCACCCAAAUUCAGAUAGCUGAUGUCCUGAAAGAGCUGCAGAAUCUGGACCCCUACAAAUCAGCUGGGCUAGACGAUCUGGACCCUUUCUUUUUUAAAUUAGCCGCCGAAAUUGUCACAACCCCUAUUACUAGCCUGUUCAACCUCUCUUUCGUAUCGUCUGAGAUCCCCAGAGAUUGGAAAGCUGCCGCGGUCAUUCCCCUCUUCAAAGGGGGUGACACUCUAGAUCCAAACUGUUACAGACCUAUAUCCAUCCUGCCCUGCCUUUCGAAAGUAUUUGAAUGCCAAGUUAACAAACAGAUCACCGACCAUUUCGAAUCCCACCGUACCUUCUCUGCCAUGCAAUCUGGUUUACGAGCUGGUCAUGGGUGCACCUCAGCCACGCUCAAGGUCCUAAACGAUAUAAUAACCGCGAUCGUUAAAAGAUAGUACUGUGCAGCCGUCUUCAUCGACCUGGCCAAGGCUUUCGACUCUGUCAAUCACCACAUUCUUAUUGGCAGACUAAAUAGCCUUGGUUUCUCAAAUGACUGCCUCACCUGGUUCACCAACUACUUCUCAGAUAGAGUUCAAUGUGUCAAAUCGGAGGGCCUGUUGUCUGGACCUCUGGCAGACUAUGGGGGUGCCACAGGGUUCAAUUCUCGGGCCGACUCUAUUCUCUGUGUAUAUCAAUGAUGUCGUUCUUGCUGCUGGUGACUCUCAGAUCCACCUCUACGCAGACGACACCAUUUUGUAUACAUCUGGCCCUUCAUUGGACACUGUGUUAACAAACCUUAAAACGAGCUUCAAUACCAUACAACACUCCUUCCGUGGCCUCCAACUGCUCUUAAACACUAGUAAAACUAAAUGCAUGCUCUUCAAUCGAACGCUGCUUGCACCCGCCCGCCCGACUAGAAUCACUACUCUCGGCGGGUCUGACUUAGAAUAUGUGGACAACUACAAAUACCUAGGUGUCUGGUUAGACUGUAAACUCUCCUUCCAGACUCACAUUAAGCAUCUCCAAUCCAAAGUUAAAUCUAGAAUCGGCUUCCUAUUUCGCAACAAAGCCUCCUUCACUCAUGCUGCUAAACAUGCCCUCGUAAAACUGACUAUCCUACCGAUCCUUGACUUCGGCGAUGUCAUUUACAAAAUAGCUUCCAACACUCUACUCAGUAAAUUGGAUGUAGUCUAUCACAGUGCCAUCAGUUUUGUCACCAAAGCCCCAUAUACUACCCACCAUUGUGACCUGUAUGCUCUCGUUGGCUGGCCCUCACUACAUAUUCGUCGCCAAACCCACUGGCUCCAUGUCAUCUAUAAAUCACUUCUAGGCAAAUCCCCGCCUUAUCUUAGCUCAUUGGUCACCAUAGCAACACCCACCCGUAGUAUGCGUUCCAGCAGGUAUAUCUCACUUGUCAUCCCCAAAGCCAACACCUCCUUUGGCCGCCAUUCCUUCCAGUUCUCUGCUGCAAAUGACUGGAACGAACUGCAAAAAUCUCUGAAGCUGGAGACACUUAUCUCCCUCACUAACUUUAAGCAUCAGUUGUCAGAGCAGCUUUCCGAUCACUGCACCUGUACACAGCCCAUCUGUAAUUAGCCUACCUAACUACCUCAUCCCCAUAUUGUUAUUUACAUUGUUAUUUAUUUUGCUCAUUUGCAUCCCAGUAUCUCUAUUUGCACAUCAUCUUCUGCACAUCUAUCACUCCAGUGUUAAUACUAAAUUGUAAUUAUUUUGCACUAUGGCCUAUUUAUUGCCUUACCUCCAUAACUUACUACAUUUGCACACACUGUAUAUAGAUUUUCUAUUGUGUUAUUGACUGUACAUUUUGUUUAUUCCAUAUGUAACUCUGUGUUGUUGUUUUUUUUAUCGCACUGCUUUGCUUUAUCUUGGCCAGGUCGCAGUUGUAAAUGAGAACUUGUUUAAAAAAAAAUAAUUCUACACACUGAUUUGGAAGCUUGAAUUUGAGUCUGGCUGUGUUCAAGUGUGGUGACAUUGAAGUCGUAAAGUUGAAAUAAACCCCCCUACUCUCUCCCUUUCUCCCUUCUAUCUCUCUCAGACGGGGAUAAGUCCGACAGCACCUUCAUAGUUCUGAGUGGCCGUCCGCGCUCCGUCAUCAUGAAGGAGGAGGAGCAAGAAGGAGCUGACCGGAGAGUAUGACCACGGUGACCUCAUCAGCGUGGUAGGGGGUCAAAUGUUGGGGGUCACAAUGGGUGGUACCGUUGCAAAACGCAGCAGCCGUGGAACAAACAAUGUCAGGCUUUUAAAGAUGUCAUAGUGUUAUUGAUUGUAGACGUAAGCAAACCCAUUUAGACACUGUUUCAUGCAGGAUCAGGCUUAAGCCCCACCCUGACAGGGCUAUUCCCCACCUAUCUCUGAGCUAUGUGUGUUACACUGCUGACAUGGCUUUGCGUUGCCGCGGUGACGCCCACACUGCUAAGAAUACCUGCCUGAGCCGACUCGGCCGAUGCCAUGGUUACUGGCUCCAGAGGUUAGCCGUAGUUGCAGUGUCCAUGGGGACGGGUUUUGGUGAGCAUGGCGGAAUGCUCGUCAGCGAUCCUGAUGCUAGGAUACAGAAUUAGAUCCUGUGUGUACGUCACCAGCACCACAGUGUUAUUACAGAGAGGGAUCCAGUGCUUUGAUAUGUAAGGGCAUUGCCUGGCUGGCUGGUGCUGAUUGAAAUAGACACAGGAGAACCAGUGGGGCUUUAAUUGUCUGGCUCACCAAUGUACCAUUCAAUUUUUGGCCCAUUCCUCAGAUCACAAGUUUUAUCUUAGAUAGUUAUUGUUAUUAUCUGCACCAGUCAGUGCUUUUUUAAACUAAAUGUGUUCCUAUUUGUAUGGCUAAGAUAAUUUCAACUCCUUAUUAAAAACAAGGAUCGUGCAAUGAUUAUGAAAUCAAUGGCAAGAGUGUUAGGGGUUAAGUUUGGUGCAUAGUUCCUGUAUGAUGAUUGGCAGUGUUGACCAAUGGGAGCCUGUGGGGUUUCUAGUGACCCCGCCCAGGUGGAGGCCCUGACCCAUCAGAACAGAGCAACCACGGUGCAUGCAGUACGGGACUCUGAGCUGGCCAAACUACCAGAGGGAGCACUCGGCUUCAUCAAGAGGAAGUUCCCGCAGGUACGUAGUUCAACUGGCGUUCAGGCACACGCACACGCUCAUGGCUCACUCACACACUCACACACACACAUACACACACACAACUCACACUCACUAAUUCACACACAUGACACACACGACACUCCUACAGACACACGUGCUCUCUGUCUUGUGUUUCAGGUAGUCACAAGGUUGAUCCACCUUCUUGGCCAGAAGAUCCUUCAGCAGGUCAAUGGCCCUCUGACAGGUGUGUGCGUGUACGUGCGUGUGUGUGUAGAUGUGUGUGUGCAGGCAUGUGUUUUACACAGAAGGAUCUGACUCCUCCUUUAUCUGCUAGAUAUAACAUAUCUUUAUGAUAAUGUUGCUGUCUCUAUCCAUAGCUGUGUAUCUGUCCUCUCAGUUCGAAGUCUGGCCCUGCACACCCCUAGUAGUAAGUGGGAUGCAGGGAACCCGGCCUCAAACCUGUCCACUGUCACCUUGCUGCCUGUGUCUGAGGAGGUGCCUCUCACAGCCGUCACACUGAAGCUGCAGGAUGCACUCAUUUUCAUUGGUAACCACACACACACACACACACUCACAUACAGUGCAUUCGGAAAGUAUUCAGACCCCUUGACUUUUUCCACAUUUUGUUACGUUACAGCCUUAUUAUAAAAUGGAUUAUAUACUUUUUUCCCCUCAUCAAUAUACACACAAUACCCCAUAAUGACAAAGUGAAAACAGUUUUUUUUUAUUUUAUUUUUUUAAACGUUUUUAAAAAAACGAUACCUUAUUUACAUAAGUAUCCAGACCCUUUGAUUUGAGACUCGAAAUUGAGCUCAGGUACAUCCUGUUUCCAUUGUCAUCCUUGAGAUGGUUCUACAACUUGAUUGGAGUCCACCUGUGGUAAAUUCAAUUGAUUGGACAUGAUUUGGAAAGGCACACACCUGUCUAAAUAAGGUCCCACAGUUGGAAGUGUCAGAGCAAAAACCAAGCCAUGAGGUCGAGGGAAUUGUCUGUAGAGCUCCGAGACAGGAUUGCCGAGGCACAGAUCUGGGGAAGGGUACCAAAACAUUUCUGCAGCAUUGAAGGUCCCCAAGAAUACAGUGGCCUCAGUCAUUCUUAAAUGGAAGAAGUUUGGAACCACCAAGACUCUUCCUAGAGCUGGCUGCCCGGGCAAACUGAGCAAUCGGGGGAGUAGGGCCUUGGUCAGGGAGGUGACCAAGAACCCGAUGGUCACUCUGACAGAGCUCCAGAGUUCCUCUGUAGAGAUGGGAGAACCUUCUAGAAGAACAACCAUCUCUACAGCACUCCACCAAUCAGGACUUUAUGGUAGAGUGGCCAGACGGAAGCCACUCCUAAGGAAAAGGCACAUGACAGCCCGCUUGGAGUUUGCCAAAAGGCACCAAAAGGACUCUCAGACCAUGAGAAACAAGAUGUCAAAAAUGUCAACAACAAAAAAAAUGAUCUGGUCUGAUGAAACCAAGAUUGAACUCUUUGGCCUGAAUGCCAAGCGUCACGUCUGGAGGAAACCUGGACCAUCCCUACAGUGAAGCAUGGUGGUGGCAGCAUCAUGCUGUGGGGAUGUUUGUCACCGGCAGUAACUGGGAGACUAGUCAGGAUCGAGGGAAAGAUGAACAGAGCAAAGUACCGAAAGAUCCUUGAUGAAAACCUGCUCCAAAGCGCUCAGGACCUCAGACUGGAGUGAAGGUUCACCUUCCAACAUGACAAUGACCCUAAGCACACAGCCAAGACAACACAGGAGUGGCUUCGGGACAAGUCUCUGAAUGUCCUUGAGUGGCCCUGCCAGGACCUGGAAAUGAACCCGAUCUAACAUCUCUGGAGAGACCUGAAAAUAGCUGUGCGUCGACGCUCCCCAUCCAACCUGACAGCGCUUGAGAGGAUCUGCAGAGAAGAAUGGGAGAAACUCCCCAAAUAUAGGUGUGCCAAGCUUGUAGCGUCAUACCCAAGAAGACUCGAGGCUGUAAUCGCCUGCAAAGGUGCUUCAACCAAGUACUGAGUAAAGGGUCUGAAUACUUAUGUAAAUGUAUAUUUCCGUUUUUUAAAUUCUUUAUAAAUGUGCACACAUUUAUAAAAACCUGUUUUUGCUUAGUCAUUAAUGGGGUAUUGUGUGUAGAGCGAUGAGGGGAAAAAAACUAUAUAAUCCGUUUCAGAAUAAGGCUGUAACGUAACAAAUUGUGGGAAAAGUCAAGGGGUCUGAAUACUUUCCGAAUGCACUGUACACACACACACACACCUUGCAUUCACACACACACACUCUCUUUCUCUCUUACACACACACACACAAUUAUUGACAUCAUGUCAGUUCAAGGCUGUCUGGACAGUGCAGUUCAGCAGUGCUGUCCUUCCAUAGAUUUUUACCCUAGCACUGCACAGCUGAUUCAAAUAACCAUCUCCUCAUCCAGCUUUGAUCAUUUGAAUCAGCUGUGUAGUGCUAGGGCAAAAACCAAAACAAACACCCAGGCGGGGCCCCAGGAUCGAGUUUGGGAAACCCUGGUCUAGAAGACCAGCCUAUGUUGUUAUCAGACCCUGGCCCUUGGUGGAGUCAUUAGUGCACACCGUAGCAAACAGUUGCAAAACGUUCAGUAAUGGAAAUGGCUUUGCAAUAAAAACUAGUGUUUCUAUUGCACAAAUUCAGGUAGGAAGCUGCCUGUUUCAUUCCGCUUGUCUGUCUGACAGACUGACAGAGACUGACAUACUGGCAGACAGUGAGCAAGAGACCGACAAACAAAUGAAACAGGAAAGGACAAUAGUUUUCGUUGCAAAACUAGCAUUGGCUUUAGAAGAGGUUAGCUAGCUUAGUGUGUUAGCAUGGUGCUUGGGGAGAGGUUAGUUAGCUUAGCGUGUUAGCAUGGUGCUUAGUGAGAGAUUAGCCAAUUUAGCGUGUUAGCAUGGUGCUUGGGGAGAGGUUAGCUAGCUUAGCGUGUUUGCAUGGUGCUUGGGGAGAGAUUAGCUAAUUUAGCGUGUUAGCAUGGUGCUUGGCAGAGAAAGCCCCUGUGUUUGUAGUGGGAUUAAGGUUAGUGCAGAUCAUUAGGUUCUUUAAUCAUGUGUUUGCUGUGUGUUUAAACGGGCUCAAUGGCCAAAGCUACAAUGCAUGGUAUGUUUUCUCAACCUUAGAGAAGUGAGAGUGGUGAAAUGGAGAGAAUGAAAAGGUAG